CAAGACCUAAUUAAUUAUUACCCGAUUUUAAAGGUAAAUAAAUUUUUUUUCUCUGGAAGAAUAAAAAAUUAAAGAUGGCCAAUGGUGAAAAGUUAAGCCGUAAGAUGAUUUUUCCAUACACAUUCACAUCUAAGGUUGUACAGUUUCCGUUCAAACUACACUUCAAGAAACAUUGGAUGUUUCCAUGGUUCAUUGGAGCAACUGUAAUUGUUUCGCCAAUAUUUUACCUUAUUCAGAAAGCCGUCAAUUCUGAAGCUAAUGUUAAGUUAUGGGCCGAGAAAAGAAGAAAAGAAGAAGAACAUUACAAACAUAAGUGGGAUUAGACAAGAUUGUACUCACAAUUUAAACUAAACAAAUUGUAUUUUGGUUAAUUUGAUACACAUAAAUAAAUGUUUUUGUAAACUGUAAUGAAUUUUGUAUCAGAAAACAAACUGUUGAGUUAGUUUUCAUAAAAGGUAUCAACAUAUUUAUGUCGAAGUAUAGAAAAGUAACAAAGAACUAUCCAUAGUAGGCCAAACUCGUGACACUGCUUCCAGGCCAAAUCAUUCAUACUCAAAUAGAAUUACAGAAGUUAUAACGAUAGAAAAAAAAAUUUUCAUAAAAUUAUAAAUGUUGGGAACGCCUGAAAACCACUUAACAACUACUGUUUAUUUAAGUAACUAGAAUUGCCCAUAUAAGGACCAAAACGGAGUUCGUAAAUUCGUCCGUGGCCAUGGCUUGACCUUUAGUCAAUUUUGCCUAUUAGUUUAUUACCUACCUUUCUAAACGAUAUGUUAUUCUAGUCGAGUAAAGUAGGUUUUUUUUGUUUUUAAUUUAUAGGUGACUCUUUAAUAUUACUAGUUAAAUUAUUAAUUAUA